GUACUUUUUAAAUUAAGUGAGAUUAAAAUGAUGUAUAAACCAGUAAGAGUGAGAGUAGCUGAGCCGCAUCUCUGAUUCACGCAUGUGCGCUCCAGGCGCGCAAAAGAGGAAGCGGCGCGCUCAGCUGCAGCCGCUGCCGCUGUUGCUGCUGCUGCUGUCGGACCAGCAGGAACAGCUUUGAACCGGUUUAGUGCCAGAUAUAAAAGGCCGACUGACUGAUGCACAAAGCGCAUUGUUGACUAGAGAGAACGCUGUCUCUUCUGUCACACACACACCCUCCAGAGCAGCAUCCGUGGACGAUGCUCUCUCCUUCAUUUCAUUUGUGUUGAUCCCACGCACGACACGGGAUUUUCACGGGAGAAUCCUCCUUCAUGGAAAGUUGGUGUAGAGCUCGCAGCUGUGCGCGCGCCUGCUGCAGCUGUUGUUGAUGCUGAGGAUCCCCUGCUCUGUCCAUCCAAGCCACAGCUGUAACCUCCACAUCAUGGCGCCAUCUACUAAAGUCGUGGACGGAGGCUGGGGAUGGGCGAUUGUCAUGGCCUCCUUCAUGGCGCAGCUCCUGGCCUACGGGUCACCACAGUCGGUGGGCGUCCUCUACCCGGAGUGGCUGCAUGCCUUCCAGGAAGGCAAGGGCAUGACAGCCUGGGUGGGCUCCCUCGUGGCUGGUGUGGGACUAAUAGCCAGUCCCAUCUGCAGUGCCUGUGUGGACAACUUCGGUGCCCGUCCCGUGACCAUCUUCAGCGGCGUGAUGGUGGCCGGUGGCCUCAUGCUCAGUGCCUUUGCUCCGAAUGUGCAGUUUCUCAUUUUUUCCUACGGGAUUGUGGUCGGCCUGGGCUGCGGUCUGGUCUACGCUGCCACGUUGACAAUCACCUGUCAGUAUUUUGACAAGAGACGUGGCCUCGCCCUCGGCAUCGUCACCACAGGCACAAGUAUCGGAGCGUUUCUUUACGCCACCGUUCAGAACGAGCUGAUCGUGCUGUACGGCCUGGACGGCUGCCUGCUGAUCAUCGGUGCUAUAGCUCUCAACCUCAUGGCCUGUGGAGGAUUCAUGCGGCCCCUCUACAUGCCGAGGUACUACCUCAAGCAGAAGGCCGCCCUGGAGCGAAACACGGAGGAGCAGCUCUUUGAGAAGCCCCCGGCGAGCGACCUGAACGCCACGGCGGGUUCCACCGCAGCCAGUCCAGAGACGACUGUGGCGGUGAAGGAGCUGCUCAUCACCGUGGACGCCAAGGACUUGUCCAGUCAGACGGAGAAGAAAGGCAGCUUCCUCACCAGGCUGGCCAUCAUGAAGGUCAUCAAGAAGAAGCAGCAGGCUUAUUCCAGGUACAUGCAGUCCACGUCGGAGAUCCUGCAGGACCAAGCCAUGGUGGCGUACUGCUUUGCCGUGUUCUUGUUCAGCCUGGGGGCAUUCCCGCCUGUGCUCUUCAUAGAGGAUGUGGCGCAGAGUGAGGGACUCAUUGAAGAAGUUAGUAUCUUUCCUCUGGUGUCGAUAGGGGCCAUCGCCACCGGUGUGGGCAAACUCGUGCUCGGUAUUCUGGUGGACAUCCGGUGGAUCAACAGCAUCUAUCUGUACACGUUCACCAUGUUUGGAGGUGGAGUGGUUCUGCUCCUCCUCCCCGUCACUAAGACGUACUUUGGGCUGCAGAUCCUCUCUGCUCUCCAUGGUUUCUUCUCUGGGAACUGGUCUCUCACCUCCUACAUCACCACUAACAUAGUGGGCCUGGACAGACUCACCCAAGCCCACGGCAUCCUCAUGUUCUUCGGGGGACUCGGGAUCAUGCUUGGACCCCCGGUUGUAGGCUGGUUCUUUGACUGGAUGCAGUCGUACGACCUGGCGUUCUACUUCAGCGGGAGCUGCGUGCUGCUCGGAGCGGUCGUCCUCCUCCUGCUCACUCUUCCCUGCUGUAACAGGAAGAACUCUGACAACGACAGGCCGGACGUCCUCUACACCAGCAACUGUGACAAAGUUGCCUCCGUCGCCUGAAGUGAUCUUUUCACGCGGACUCUCAAUCUCUCGCCCAACUGCCCGCCAAUUCUACACUUCCUUCUUUUUUCACGAUACUAAGAGUUCUGUUGCCGGGUUUUUGAUAAACCAAAUUAGUUGCAGAGGUUUUAGAAAAAACAAAAUGCAGGCUUUCCCCUCUGUACUCUGUGCCUGCAUUUCUCAGGUUCGAACCACAUAUCCUGCAGAAUCUUUACAACCACAAGAGCAGGGCUGGUUUGGUUCUUUUUACACUUAAGGCACUUAAGCCACAGAUUUUGUCCUUCACACAUUUGGGGGGGGGAUGACAUCCACACCGCUUUAUUUUCAUUUAAAAAUUGAUGCCCCCCCCGUCAAGUGUUUCAGCUCUCAAGUCAGAAGUAAUCUGCGUCCACGGCAACACGAUCUGAUAAACGAUGAUUCAGGUACAGCGGACACUCGUGUGCGGGUGUUUGCUUCUAAAGUCUGAAAGUGUUCAUGGAGCUUCUCAUUCACAGCUGAUGGCAGAGUUGUGGCUGAUAAGAACCCAUCGUGGAGCCUAUGUCGUCAUCGUCUCGCUAAAAUCCAGCAACGUGAACGAGUUUUCAAACUAAAACUCGGCCAGAGUUUCAGUUUUUUUACGCCGUGUGUGGAUAUCCAGAGCAGAAAUUGAAUGAGAAAAGAAGUCAAAUUGGAUGUAGCAAUAGUAAGACACGUUUACUGCAGCGGGAGAAUCCAGAGUUUCUCCACCAGCUGCGUUGAGCUGGCGUGGAGGAAUCUACAGAGACUUCAAAUAUCUGGCGCUUCAGUCUGACAGCGGCUCUACUGUUGCGUGCACCGCCACAGAGGCGGUUUGUGUUCAUGUGCGCGAUGAGUCACCGCGAUGUUGUUGAUUUACAGGCGUGUAAUCGAGAACAUCCGCGAAGGUUUCAAACGUCCUGACUCUGGCACCUGUGUUUGAUUCUUUUUUACGAGGCAUACUCCCAACAAUACCGUCCAACUCCCAGACUCGUACUCCCGUUGUUCACGUCGCUGUAGGAAAAUAGAACGACGCCGUGCACAGUUCGCAACACUGGGAGGAAGAGGAAUAUCUAAAUAUAAAAGUGGUAGUUUGACUGGUUGAAUUGGUUGAAGCCACUCUAAUGCAAAUGCACAAACAUCUCCCAGGACUCUCCCUGGAAGAGAAAAAAAACACAGGGACUGAAUUCAAUCAACCUUUUUAUUUUCUAUUUAGAUUUUAAUACCACGUGUAUCUUAACUGUGCCACUAUGUAUAUUUACCAAAGCGUCAGUGAUCGUAAUGGAUGUCUGUCAACAUGUUAAUGCCUGUUGGAACAAUACAAAAGCCUUUCUUGACAUUAUACUCUAAAUUCCCUUUUUUUAUUUUUACAAUUUGGAAGCUUUUCAAAAAUAAUAAUGAAUGCUAAUUCAAAAAGGUGUGAAAACAUGUUAAAGGUUGUCUUUACUGUAUUUGUAACCUCGAGAGCAUGACGCUUUCUCUGCGUAGCAUGGACUCAUCACCAUGACCCCGUGACCUCUGCUGGCAUCCAUGUUGAGCGUGUGUAAGUAUUCUUUUUGCGUAUGUCGUGUCGGUGCAUACACAUUCGAUAUGUGCGGGUGUGUGUGUGUGUGUUGUUUUAAAUACUUUUUGUAUUAGCAUUAAAGUCCGACGUGCUGGUGAUUUUUAUAUGCACUAAACCGGCCGUGGCGCUGUUCUUAUUUGACGUCGUAGGGUUAAAGUUGUUAAAAUGAUGACUGUGUUGCGACACGACUUUUAGAAUCACUGCAGACGUCUGUCUUUUUGAUAGUUCCAGACCUGUUUCUUUGUCUGUUGAGGGUUUCUGGAGGCCGUGUAUGGUUUUCACACGUUAGCUAUAUUCUUUCUUUUUUUCUUUUUACCCCAGCGUAAUAAUAUUUAUGUAUGUACUGUAUUUCUGAUUUGUUUCCUUUAAAAAGUGCCAAUAAAAUGUAUUUGGAUCAAA